UUUGGAAUCUAUUUUAUUUUCAUCUUCUUGUUAUUUAAAAGCCCGAGUAUAAUCCUCUUCUUGUGUUUCGCCGUUUAUAUUUACAUUCAUUACAGAACGCGAUAAAAACAUACGAUGGAACAAGAGGAGAACAUUUGACGUACAAUUAUGAUAGCUCAUGUUUUACUGAAUUACUAUCAACUGUAGGCCUACGUAGGUUAUAUUAUGCUAUAUCUCCGGUUUCAGUUCACACCACGUCAUGAGAUCUCUUGUCCUUGUUACUGCAAAUCUGUGUGGCGUCAGUCUGCAGUGAUGGACUGUGCUGUUCCCUGCUCGGAGGUCGUCCCGGAAAACAUAACCAAAACACCGGAACGGUUACGCGUUACCCAGCCGCGAUAAGACGCAGAGAUGCUUUAUAAGACACUUGUAUAAACACACUGACAGAGGAUGUCUGCACACAGCCUGCGCUACCAGAGUGAAAUUCAGAAACACAACUGCUCUUCUCUGAGGCUGUUUGUACCAAUGGGUGUCUCACUGUCAGUGUGGCUGUACAGCAGGGCAGACGAUAGCCCGUCCUCCUCUUCAUCAGCUUUCUGUCUUUCUGUCUCCACAUCCUCUCGUCUCGCUGUCACUCUGAACUCCUCUGCCGUUGCUCCGGGAGACAGUCGCUCACACUGGAGCUCAGUACACUGCUCUCCUUCCUUCCUGCUGUCUGACUGCAAACAGGAAGUGACACGUUUACCUGUUGAGCUGAGCAGCGACGGGGUGAGAGCGGAAAUGGGGGUGAAGAGUGGGCUUCAUGUCUGGGAAGUACUGUGGAGUCCCAACCACAGAGGGAGUCAUGCUGUCAUUGGCAUCUCCACGCAGAGCUGCCCUCUGUGGGCCCCGGGAUACAACGUGCUGAUUGGCGGGGAUUCACAGUCCUGGGGCUGGGAACUCAAAACCAAUCAGCUCUGGCAUGCUGGACAGAGUCUGGACCUUUACCCAGGGAAGAGGAGGAAGUGCCACCCUGAGGACGUGGAUGAUUUCAGGACAAUUUCUCCCUCUUCAUCACAGAAAAAAAUGGCACAGACUCCUCUACCCAUCCCUGAGCGCGCCCUGCUGGUGCUCGAUGCCGACGCUGGAACUCUGGGAUUUGUUGUCGAUGGCAACUUUCUCGGCGAAGCUUUCAAAAACCUUCCUCGUGGAGUGGAGUUGUUCCCAGCCAUGAGCAGCGUGAGAGGUGGAGCCAGCAUAAGACUAAGAUAUCUGAAUGGUGCAACACGUGAUCCCCCUGCUCUGAUGGCGUUAUGUGGACUGUCAAUUCGUCAGUAUUUAGGGAAACAGAGGCAGAAUGAAAUGGACAAACUGCCUCUCCCGCCUCGUCUCCAGCACUACACGCUUUCUAAUCAAUAAUGUAUAACAAACAAAAACAAUAGGAAACAUUUUGUCAGUCACUAUAAUGUACCAAAUAUGUAUUGUUUCCUAAAUGAAAAAAAAUACACAUUGGUAUUACAUAUAAAGCCCCCGAAAAAAAUAAGAGACCACUUCAGCAUUAUCAGUUUCUAUUGAUCUCUUUUUUAAUAGGUACAUCUUUUGAGUUAAAUGUUUUUUUUUCUUUUAUUGUAUUCUAUAAACUACUGGCAAUUGUUCUCUGUGUUGGAAUUCAACACACACUGGAAUGACUGCCAUACAUGUAGAGAUAAAGAUUUAAGAAAAAUUGGAGUGGUGUCUUAAUUUUUUCCGCAGCUGUAUAUAUUUAUUAUUUAUCUUAUUUAUUACGAUAUAAUAUAUUAUGAGGAUUAUCUGUCAGAUCUUUAUGUUUCAUAUAAAAUAAAAUUCUCAAUGUCAUAAUUGCUGUAAUACAUUUUGUGUUGUUAAGUAGUAUUAAACAUUUUUGUUAAGGGGUACAAUUGAAGGAUUCUAAAAUAUUAAAUGUCCUAAACAAAAAUAAAAACAUACAAAUAUA